AAAACGCUUUUCGAUUCCUUUAUCUCCACUGUCAAUGCAAGAGUCGAUAAGUUAGCAGACUCAGUCGUGUCUCUCAAAGCAAGCCUUGAAUUUACACAAAAGGAUGUGGGAGAUUUGUCGUCCAUAAAAUCGAAGCUCGUGGGUGCCGAAAAGGAUAUUGUUGAAAUCAAAAACACUGUGGAGCUUCAGGGAAACAAAAUAGAGUACCAGGAAAACCAAAGCAGACGGAACAACAUCAUAGUAUUCGGUAUACCAGAAUCGGCUGGCGAGACUAGGGAAAUAGCUGAAACGAAAGUGAGGGACGCCAUCAAGGAGAAGCUCAACAUUGAAGUUGACAUCGAGCGCGCUCACCGUGUUGAGCGUAGA